UAUACAGAUUACAGAAAUACAAAACAACGAAAUACUAAGUACCAACUACCAAGUAUUCAAUAUGAGUGAGGUAUGGCAAGUAUUUAGUAAAGACGAUGUUGGUCUUAAAGUGAAAUGCUCAAUAUGUAAAAAGAAAUAUGCAAAUCCAGGAUCAAGUACAACGAACAUGUGGAACCAUUUAAAAUUUAAACACAAGCCAAAAUUUAUUGAACUUGAUCGAAUUCGAAUUGGAUUAUCAGGAAGUGCAUUUAAUCAAGACGUUUCCAAUGUUUCCAUAGACGAAGAUGAGUCUGAGAUUGAGGAAUCAAAUUCAUUAAUAUCACAACCUUCUACUUCAAAUUAUGAACCAGAUUUAGGUCAAUCAGAUUCAACUGAUUCAUGUAUUUAUCCGUCUCCUAUUACUGACCCCUCAUCAAUAGCCAUUGUUCACAAAACAAAUUCAACUCUAACUAAACAAAUGAAAAUGACGCAAUUCACUCUGAAUAAAAGUGCAAAAAUCAAAAUUGAUAAUGCACUUGCCUAUUUCAUUGCAACAAAUAUGAUGCCGUAUAGUUUAGUGGAAAAGGAUGGAUUCAAACUAUUUGUAAAUGCGUUAAAUCCUAGCUACAAGCUACCAGGUCAAAAAACUCAUACAGAAUCCCGAAUUCCGUCUAUGUAUAGUGAAACACGUAACAUUAUAGGGAACAUAAUUAGGAGCGCCGAUGUUUUUACUUUUACCACAGACUGCUGGACUUCAAGUUCAAACCAACCGUUUAUUGGUCUCACGUGCCAUUUUAUCAACGAUAAUUUCAAAUUAACUUCAGCCUGUUUGGGUUGCAUUGAACUGUCGGAAGACCACACUGGGGAGAAUAUAGCCGAUGUAGUUCAAAUGUUGUUUUUAGAUUAUGAGAUACCGGAUAGGAAAAUAUGUUCGAUAGUGACUGAUUAUGGAUCUAAUAUGUUAAAGGCUGUACGCAAUUUAAAUAUACCACAUGUAGCUUGUUUUGGCCAUGCUCUUAACACGACAGUUUCACGCAUCCUUAAUAUGGACGAGAUAAAAGAUAUAAAAUAG